UCUUUGCUUCAUUCCUGUUUUUUUUCCGUAAGAGGAAGGAUGCCUUCUGCUUCAAAUAAUACAACAAAUACUAAGCUAGCGAAACAAACCUCCGUGAAUUCAAUGAAUUCUGGUGGCCCGAGUGGAACUAGUGGUAGUGGUAAGGGCAAUAAAAAACUAACGGAAAAUUCGGCCAAAUCCACCAACAGUAACAGCGCCAGCAGCAGCACCACCAACAAUGAGACAUCAAGCAACAAAUCCACUAAAGAAACUACCAACAAUGUGGUGGUGGCCGCCUCUGCUGCCAAUGUCGCUGGCCAAAAUAACAGCAACGGCAGCAGCGCCAACGCCGCCAACAACAAUGGAAAAAAUUGGGAAACCAAUUCGGCGACUGGUAAUUCCGUAACAGCAGGUCCGGUGGCCAACAAGGAUGCUAGCAACGAUGCCCUGAAUCCCAUGAAAUUGACUUUUACCACAAUUGAGCAUAAAAUACGCAAUUUGGAAAAACGAAAGACGAAAUUGGAAGGCUAUCGUGCCCUAGAUGCCAUGGGUAAGGAGUUGAGUUCUGAACAACGUGCUGCUGUCAAUAAAUAUGAUGCCGUAUUGGCUACAUUGGAUUUUGCCAGAGACUUGGUCAAACAAAUGCAACAAUUUACCAAGGAUGCCGAAAAGGAGCAGAAGAAGCAGGCUCGUAAGGAUCUGAUUGCUAAAGCCCAAGCGGAAACGGUUAAAAUUCGGGAAGUUCUUAUAAUACAAAAUAUAUUGUCUUGUUUCACUGACGAUGCUGUACGCAAUGACUUUCUCAAUGGCGAAAAUGGUGCUGCUAAGCUGGAACAAAGUGAACUGGAUAUUUUGGAGAAAUUCUGUGCUGACGUUCAAACUAGACGCCCGGAAACAUCUGAAGAUGUACCCUUUGCCACUUCCGCGCAAAAAGCAGCCGAAAUAUUCUCAAUGACCAUUGAUGCACGCCCCAAACAGUAUGGCGAUACAACAUAUGAAAAUGUUAAGCGGAUUUUCCAUCGCAUUCAGGAGUCAGAUUAUUUGGAUAAAAUCUACUUGACAGAUGUGCCAGAAACUGAAAUCAAGGAAGAUGGUGUUGAAGUGACCGGUGAUGGUAUUAACAACGAGGGUAUUGUCAUGGAAGAUGGUGGCGGUGGUGGUGGAGUCGUUGUUGAUCAUGUUGGAAAUGGCCCCGAUGAAAUGGCAGCCGUAGAGGAUGCCAUGGAAAAUUUGAAUGUCGAUAAUAAUGGACCAACAGCAGGCGUUCUUACAGGAAACGAAGCCAACGAUAACGUUCUGUUGGCUCAACAGCAGCAGCAGGUGACGCAGCAUCAUCAGCAACCACCAACGCAUCAGCCAGGAAUCCAACAACAGCAACAACAUACAGAACAUAUGGAAUUGCAGCAGCAGCAGCCACAUCAACCAGUUCAGCCACAAGUAAUGCAGGCAAAUAUUCCUGUCUCUAGCGGUGGUCAGCCAUUGUUGCAGACUCCCAUGGCACCGCCAGCCUCAGCAGUGCCAGCAUUUCAGGGUACUACACCAGCACCUCAUUCGGGAGCUACUACUCCGGUUCAUGUGGCCAUGUAUGCUGCCAUGCCAGGACCUGUACCCCAGCAAAUGCAGCAAUUGCCCCCUGGAGGCGCCAUAAUUGGUGGUAGUGGCGGUGGUGCAGUGCCACCGCAAUCUGCAGCAGGCUUACCACCCCAGCAGCAGCAACAACAACAGGUUGUUCCACAACCAGCCACUGUGGGCGGUCCUCCACAAAAUCAGCAACGACAACAAAUGUUAAAUAGCCCGGCAAAUCCUCCGGCUGGUAUGGCACCUUUGCAACAACCACCACUGCCACCACCGGGUCUAUACAAUCCCACACCUGUUCAUGCUGUGGAGCAAGGAUUCUUCAAACAUCCACCACAUCCCCAACAACAACAGCAGCAGCAACAACAGGCACAAGCACAACAACAGCAGCAACAGGCGCAACAACAUCAACAGUAUUUACAACAAAUGCGUCCCCUGGCUGAAGUCAUUGGCGGUGGAAACUUUUAUUUCCUGCAGGACAGCGAAUUGGAUUCACCCGAACUGAAUGCACAAGGUCAGGCUGGACCACAAACGACUUUAAUUUUUGAACAACAACAACAGCAGCAGCAACAACAAGUGCCGCCUGCUCAACAACAGCAAAUGUUGCAGCAACAAACACCACAUCAGCAGCAGCAACAAGUGGCUUUGCAAAAUCUGCACCACCAACAACAGCAGCAGCAACAGAAACCCUCACCAAAUGUUUUGUCGGAACAGCAGCAGCAACAACAACAAACUUCUCAACAGAUAUUGACAAAUGGUGUCGGACCAACACCGCCACCACAGCAGCAACAACAAGCGCAGUUGCCAGUUGCUAAUAUGCCACCACAGCAGCAGCAACAACAACCCAUUCAAACUCAAACAUUCACAAAUCAAUCAUUCCCACAAUUGGCUGGGGCAACCCAACAAGCCCAGACUUCCACCGCCGCCGCAGGUAUUUUAACAAGUAAUUCACCAAGUCCGUUAUUCCACCAACAACAGCAACAGCAGCAACAACAAGUGCAACAACAUCAUCCUCAGACGCAAAAACUAAACAACCAGCAGCAGCAACAGUUGUUCUCCCCAGUUCAAAGCCAGAGUAUUCAGAGUUCCCAACAACAGGCCCAGGCAGUGCCCUCGCAAAUGCUUAUGUCCGGUUCCAUGGAUGCGGUGCAACAAGCCAAUCCUGCCCUAAUUAUAAUGAAUCGUUUAGGGCAGGUGCCACAAAAUCAAUUGUUGCAACAGCAACUGCAACAAAAUUUGCCACAACAACAGUCGCAACAACCACCACAGUCACAGCAUCAACAACAGCAGGCAACAUCAGGUGGUCUCUUGCAACAACAGCAAAUUCCUUCAACUGCUCAAAAUAUAAUGGCCGGCGGCGGUAACAUUCAAACUCCACAGCAUCAAAUGUCUGGAAAUCUCAAUCAACAGACUUCGGACAUGAAUAAUACACCCAAGAGUGGAGGAUUUCCAUUUGACAAUCCCGUUGUUGCCGGUCUCAGUUAUGAACAGCAGAGACAGAAUCAACUCAACAAUGCUGCCAAUGUCCUCAAGAAAUCGUUGGGCGUACGAGAAGAUGAACCAUCACAGACUAAGGCACCCACACCAAUCAAUAAGAAUGAUUUAAUCAACGAGUGGACAGAUGCCGGUCUAAAGACUAGCGGCAUUGCAGCGUCGCCAGCGUUGGAAAGUACAGCUAAUAAAUGGAAUACAGAGGUUAAUGCCAAUUCACCAAUAACGGUACAAAACGCCACACAGCAACAGCCACGUAAAAAUGAAUGGACAUCAACGGCUGCGGCUGCUGGCAGUGGCGGCAGCGGCGUUAACGCCAACGCAUCGGGAGAUACGUAUGGCAACGAUAACCGCCAGGAGACCAGCAAUCAUUGGCAUUCACAGGAGUCUCAAGGUGGUUAUGGACGCAACUCGGCUGGUCGCAAUCCAAGCAGCGGUGGUGUUGGUCAAGGUCAAACCGGUGGAGGUGGUGGUGGUUAUCAAAGACGUAACGAUGACCGUAGAGAUGAUAGAAGACCGGGUGGCGGUAAUGCAGGCGGUGGUGUUGGCGGCUAUAGAGGUCGCUCCAAUUAUGGCUCCGGUGGACCCCAACAGAACGGCAAUGCCCGUAGUGGUGGCCAGUCCGGCGGUGGUGGCAUUUAUUUCCGCAACAAUGAGAAUAACAACUCUGGAGGUGGUGGUGGCGGCGGUUACUAUCAGAAUGGCAGUGGCGGCAAUGUCUAUGCCAAUAAAGACAGUGGCUCCCGCUACGAUUCUGGUGGUGCUGGUAACUAUCGUGGCAGCCGAACAGCUGGCAAUAACUCCACAAAUCCACGCAGUAAUGGACCACCACCACGACACAUGGGUGGCGGUGGUGGACGUACAGGCGGAGGCCAACAAGGCGGCGGCAACACAUCCAAUGCUAACUCGAAUUCAUACAUGAACUCACGGCAAUCCUCAAAUCGCAUGCCUUUGGGUUUAGAAAAUAAAAAUUAAAAA